AUGUUCGCUAACGCCGCGAGCGGCUCUGCCGUCUGUGCGACGAAGGCCCCGUCCUCUGCACACGCUCGGGCGGCGCCGUUCCCCCGGGCCGCGCCCGCAUCGCACCCGUUCACGGGCUGCCGGAGCCCGGCCGGGCCCCACGGGACGUUCCAGGCGCAAGCGCGGCCUCAGUCCCUGCACGUGGUGCGCUCGGCCAAGGGCAUCACGUACACCUCCUACGAGGGCAACAGCUUCAAGAUCAACUUCAAGAAGGCCGGCGUGACCCUCCUGAUCGACCCGUGGCUGGUGGGGGACCUCACCUUCGGCGGCCUCGGCGAGUGGUUCUACGCGGGGAAGAAGGUCGAUGCGCUCCCGCCGUUCGAGGAGUCGAGCCAGUGCGACGCGAUCGUCCUGACUCAGGGCCUCGACGACCACGCGCACAAGCCUACGCUGGAGCGCCUCGACAAGGAGAUCCCCGUGAUCGCGUCGCCGACGGGCGCGGAGGUCGCGCGCUCGCUGGGCUUCCGCAGCGUGACGCCGCUGCCGCACGGGGCGUCCGCGUCGAUCCUGGACGGGAGGAUCAAGAUCACGGCCACGCAGGGCGCGCUGGUGGGCCCGCCGUGGUCGACGCGCGAGAACGGGUUCGUCAUGGAGGAGAUGGUGGACGGCGGCGCGCGCGUGUACUACGAGCCGCACUGCGACUACGCGGGCGACCUGGCCGCGACGGUCGGCAAGGUUGACGUGGUGGUGUCGCCGGUGCGCACCGUGUCGCUGGGGUCGUACCCGCUGGUCAAGGGCCUCGAGUACAUGCCGCUCGUCAAGGCGCUCAAGCCGCAGGUGCUGGUCGGGAUGAACAACGCGGAGACCACGCAGGUGGGGCUCCUGAGUCAGGGCAUCAAGACGGAGGGGACUCUCGAGCAGGUCCCGGGGGCCCUGCAGGCCGAGGGCAUCGAGACCAAGUUCGUGACGGUCAAGACGGGGCAGCCCGAGGAGAUCGCGCUGCAGUGA